AGCUUUAUAAAAUAGGCCACAGGUGGUAUUAAGCAAGAAUGUCACGCCUUGAUAACAUUGAUGCACUUGAAAAACAAUUAGCCGACUUACAAAUGACGAAUAAGGAAUUCAGUUCUAUUAGUAAGGGGAAAAAAAUCCCACCAGUAGUGCCGCCAAAAAAGAAAGCUCAACCUCAAGUCCCUCGCAGUGCUGUCGUCAGCACCCUACGUGAGCCAUCAUAUUCUACUAAAAUAUCACCGGUACUGAACAAUAAUGCUGCUACUCAAACUCAAAGUCUCGGCAAUAUGCAUUUGACAGCAGCCGAUUAUGCUAAUGUAAGCCAUUCGAAUGUGCCUAGUGUUUCCUUCAGUCACAAUACACCGCAAACUUAUAACACGACAUACAGUAACCUGCCACCAUACCGAAAUAACAAUGACAGUCUUCCGCCGCCGCCACCUCCACCACCACUUCACAGUCAUGAAGAAUACUUGCCUCCUCCAUCUCCAGUCAGCUCAAACUACAGUGAAUUAGUUCGGGCUACAGCAAAUUUGAAUUAUAACCAGGAAAGGCAAAAUUAUCCGCCUAUUUAUCAAAAUGAAUUUGGUGACUAUAGUGCGUCACAAGGAUCAAAUGAGUACGCCAUAUAUGAACCUAUAAAUCCGCGUCCACACAGCAGUCUUUCGGGACAGAACACGUUCCAUAACUAUCGAAAUAAUGUACCAACUCCUGGAAAAUCUCCGCUUCCCAAGGAAGAGGAAGUUGACGCCCUAACAAACAUGUUAGUACAGUCUAUAUCCGACAGUCAGGAUUUGGAUGUUUUUGGUAUUUGCAUAAAAUGCGACGGUAAAGUAGUCGGUGAGAGUUCGGGAUGCACAGCUAUGGGUAAUAUGUAUCAUGUCCAGUGUUUUAGUUGCUAUCGUUGUAAUACAAAUCUGCAAGGAAAACCUUUUUAUGCCGUUGAAGGCCACCCAUUUUGCGAAACAGAUUAUUAUGAAACUCUGGAAAAAUGUUCCGUGUGUACUAAACCAAUCCUAGACAGGAUUUUAAGGGCAACAGGCAAGCCGUAUCACCCCACUUGCUUUACAUGUGUAGUAUGUGGUAAGAGUCUUGAUGGCAUUCCAUUUACAGUUGAUGCAAUGAAUCAAAUUCAUUGUAUUGAAGAUUUUCAUAAGAAAUUUGCCCCACGGUGUUGUGUUUGCGAACUACCAAUAAUGCCCGAAGAAGGUCAAGAAGAAACUGUUCGUGUUGUUGCACUUGAUCGCAGUUUUCAUGUUCGAUGCUACCGAUGUGAAGAUUGUGGGCUCUUACUGUCUUCAGAGGCUGAAGGACGUGGGUGCUAUCCACUUGAUGAUCACAUUCUAUGUAAAAAUUGCAAUGCUCACCGUAUACGCAUGCUUACGGUUCCAGUUAUGACGACCGACUUGUAAAGCAGGAGUGAAUCGUGAAUCAUUUGUCAUACUCAUAAAAAAAAAGAGAUAAGCUGCUUAAUUUAUUCAACACGUUAUCCAUGAAAUAUGUAUAAGUUAUUUCAAAUUAGAUAAUAAUAAUGUAUACCGCUGAAAUCAGUUCACUUUGACAGCUUAGUUUAGUUCAAUAGGUAUAUUUUUAUAUUAAUUUAUUUAUUUUUGUCUACGUUUGUAAUUUUGGGGCUUUUAGCUUACGACUCACUGUUUGUAUCGCUGUUCCAAAAUUUAAAAAAAUAUACCAAGUAUAUGACAAAAUAAUGUUAAAGACUACUUAAUCGCUUGAUAUCAAUUAUGACCAUAUUAAUAUAAACUGAAAUAUAUAUGCUAUUAGAGUUUAAUUUAAUACAACAAAAUUAAAUUUAUAUACUUAACUGCACAUUAGGUCAGAUAGAGAUCAAGUGAGACAGUGCAUAUUAGAUUACAUCCUUAAGGUCACGUAAGAUUAUUAGUAAUGGUUGUUUCAUCUAAUAGGUAUUAAAUUAAGAACAUGUGAUAUUGGCUGCUAGUGUCAUUGAUUGACAUAAUUAUUUAUUAUUGUUAGCAUUUAAAGUGUUAUAAAAUAACGCUAUCCAAAUCCAACAAAAUAUGUUUCUUUUUAAUAAAUCUUAUAUUUUA